CAGCAUCAGUAGUUUUUAUGGCUAUAGUCUCCAUUGAAACAUUUGCCAAUGAUCCUUUUGGAGAUACAAAUACUUCUCUGCAUCAAAAAUUGUGUUUUAUGGAAACAGCUUAAAAUAAAUUGCACUCCAUGGUUUCUGCUCUCUUCAAGAGCCUGAUCUCAUCUUAUAUAUAUAAGAUUUGCAAAGGAAUGUUUACAAAGAAAUCGGGAAAUAGUACAAAAAGGAAAGAGAGUUGUCAGAGCAAAAAGGAACAAGACAUAAGUCAGAUUGGACAAACAAAAAAUCCAAAAUUUUCCAAUACUUUUAAAAGCACCGUUAAAAAGAUUGCAAAGUGCCCAUCUGCUCGCAACUUAUCAACAGAAGAAGAGGAAAGCAAUAGAGAAUUUUCACUUUCUCCAACAUUCAGUUACAGAGUUGCUAUUGCCAAUGGACUGCAAAGGCAUAUUUUUGUAGCAAACACUAAUAAUGAAGAUAUAGUUCAAGACCUGUCUUCAAACGAUAGCUCGUGUUCUGAGUCGUUAAGUGAAGUAAAAACUAAUAGCAAGAAAAACGAAUACUUAUCCCACACAAUGCCUGUGCGACGCAACAGGAAAAGCUUGAGCAGCCUCGCAGCCUCUGAUGGAAGUUCGGAUGGAGAGCGCACUUUACACACACUAAAACUGGGAGCCUUACGAAAACUAAGGAAAUGGAAGAAGAGCCAAGAAUGUGUCUCAUCAGACUCGGAGCUAAGUUCAUGGAGGAGAACAUGGGGGUUAAGAAGUAAAUCUCUGGACAGAACUGGCCGUCACCAGAAAUCAAAUACACUUGAACCUGGCUUUAGUUCCACUGGUUGUAUUAGCCAAACCCAUGAUGUUAUGGAAAUGAUCUUUAAAGAGCUUCAGGGAAUAAGUCAAAUUGAAACAGAACUCUCUGAAUUAAGAGGGCAUGUUAAUGCUCUGAAACAAUCAAUCGACGAAAUUUCUAGUAGUGUGGAAGUUGUGCAAAAUGAAAUUGAACAAUUGCGAACUGGAUUUGUACAGUCCAGAAGAGAAACUCGGGACAUACAUGACUAUAUUAAGCAGAUAGGCCACCCAGGAAACAAAGCAAGUCUUAGGUUUCUAAAUGUGCCUGAAGAGCGACUUGAAAAAGCUGAAAGCAUAGUUUACAAAAUAUUAAUGGAAAAAAUGGGAUUCUCAGAGGCACAAAGCACUAUUAAAAUUGAAUUUGCCCAAAGGCUUGGGCAGCAAAGAGAUUGUCCAAAUGCAAAGCCAAGACCCAUUCUUGUUUACUUUGAGUCAUCACAACAGAGAGAUUUGAUUUUAAAAAAGUCUUAUAAACUUAAGGGAACUGGCAUUGGAAUUUCUACAGAUAUAUUUUCCCAUGAAAUAAAAGAUAAAAAAGAAAGAGGACUUCCUUCCUCUCAGACAUAUGAAAGCAUGGAUAUGAAACUUUUAACUGUGGAGACAAAAUCUAAAAUGCAUGACUGGGAGUCACCUGACAGUGAUAAAGACUUGGAAUCAGAUAUAAAUAAGAACAGUUAUGCAAAAAUAUCUAAAUCAGCACAUCAGAUAAAAACAAGCACUACAAAGGGGACUACUGAGUCCCCAGACACUAAAGACCUUGACAGAACUGCUGACAAUAGUACCUUUUCACACAGAAGAAGUUAUGACAAUCAGUCACCAGAAUUUGACACUAUGGAAAAAGAAUCAAAGGCCUAUUAUUCAGAUGUGACUCCUUUAUGGCAUUUACAGAAUGACUUUGCAACACCAAAGCUUAGCCGUUCAGAAUCAGAUUUCUCAAAAUUGUGUCAGUCUUACUCUGAGGAUUUUUCAGAAAACCAGUAUUUUAGCAGAACAAAUGGCAGUUCAUUGUUGUCUUCCUCUGAUCGAGAACUUUGGCAGCGAAGGCAAGAUGAUUCUCUAAACUGGUAUGGCAGUUCCCAAGAACAGACUUUUGCCCAAGAUAUGCAGCAGUAUCCAGAGCAAAAUGAAUCAGGGAACAUAGAAAUUGUUGAUAGUGGAGUAAGCAAUGGAAUAAUCCAUGUGUCUGGAGACAUAAACCAUUAUGAUGAUAGUCAGCUUUCUUUACAGGACGAUCUUUCCCCAUGGAAAAACUGGAAUCAGUUGGAACAAGGGGCAGAUUUGGGCCUAGACUCAUCCACGCAGGAAGUUUUUGGGUAUGAUAUGAGCAGCCCUUCAGACCAACAGACAGAUUUUGGAAAGGGCCAAAGUUCUGACCUCCAGUAUGAUACUGAAAGCUAUGAUUUCACUCUAGAUGGUACUUCUCCAUCUUGUCCAGGCCUUGACAGCGAAACACAAAGUCAGUGGACUGGUCAAUAUGAUGAUUAUCAGGAAACAAAUUCUAUCUCCUCUUAUCAGAAUCAAAACAAAUUGCCUAUGAUGUACCGAAGUCAAAGUGAACUACCAAGUGACGACUCAGAGGAAACUGCCCCUAAAUCAUGGCACAGCCGAUUAAGCAUAGAUCUUUCUGAUAAGACUUUCAGCUUUCCUAAAUUUGGAUCUACGCUUCAGCGUGCUAAGUCAGCUUUAGAAGUAGUCUGGAAUAAAAGUACACAAAGUUUAAGUGGGUAUGAAGACAGUGGAUCAUCUUUUAUGGGAAGGUUUAGAACAUUAUCUCAGUCUACUGCAAAUGAAUCAAGUACGACACUUGAUUCUGAUGUUUAUGCUGAGCCUUAUUGCUACAAAGCAGAGUAUGAGGAAGAAUUAAUUGAACCAUCUGGUGAGAAUGAAACGGACUAUGUAGAAGUAAUGGAACAAGUCCUUGCUAAACUAGAAAAUAGAACUAAUAGUAGUGAAACUAGUGAGCAGGUCCCAGAGUAUGAACUGGACCAGUCUUUGUAUGAAACUCCAUAUGCAAUGCUACCAGAAGAACAAUAUGACACACAGUUUGACAGUGUGAUCAGUGAAGACAUAUUGGAAGUUGAAAGUGACAUGGCUCCUGAAGUAGAAAUAAGGGAGGAUGAAAAUCAGAAUGUCCCGGAGAUGAUUACUGAAGUUAUUGAAAUUCCAAAGAAAAAAAGAAUACGACCAUCAUUUAAAGAAGCUGCUUUAAAAGCAUACAAGAAACAAAUGAAUGAUUUGGAGGAGAAGAUCCUUGCUGGAGAUAGCGGUUCUGUGGAUGAAAAGGCUCGGUUGGUAAGUGCAAGUUCCUUGGAUGCUUCCAAGCUUUAUGCAGUCCAAGCAUUUGCUGGUCGUGGACUGUACGGAAUUGACAGCAUGCCAGACCUGCGAAGAAAGAAAUCUUUUCCCAUUGUUCGCGAUGUGGCUAUGACCCUUGCAGCUCGAAAAUCUGGUAUUUCCAUGGCCAUGCUCAUCCGGACCUCCAUAAACACUGAAGAAAUGAAAAUACAUGUCUUCAAGAAGACCCUGCAGGCUUUGAUCUAUCCAAUAUCAUCAACUACACCUCAUAACUUUGAAAUCUGGACAGCUACAACUCCCACAUACUGUUAUGAAUGUGAAGGCCUGCUUUGGGGCAUAGCCAGACAAGGCAUGAGAUGCAGUGAAUGUGGUGUCAAAUGCCAUGAGAAGUGCCAAGACCUCCUAAAUGCUGACUGUUUGCAGAGAGCAGCUGAGAAAAGUUCCAAGCAUGGUGCAGAAGACAAAACACAGAAUAUUAUUAGUGCUAUGAAGGAAAGAAUGAAGAUUAGAGAGAAAAAUAGACCAGAAGUGUUUGAAGUGAUCCAGGAAAUGUUUAAUAUUUCUAAAGAAGAUUUUGUACAGUAUACAAAAGCAGCAAAACAAAGUGUUUUGGAUGGAACAUCCAAAUGGUCAGCAAAAAUAACUAUCACAGUUCUUUGUGCUCAGGGCUUACAGGCUAAGGACAAAACUGGCUCAAGUGACCCAUAUGUUACUGUGCAAGUUGGCAAAAACAAACGAAGAACAAAAACUAUUUUUGGAAAUUUGAAUCCAGUAUGGGAUGAAAAAUUCUCUUUUGAAUGUCAUAACUCUACAGAUAGAAUAAAAGUAAGAGUAUGGGAUGAAGAUGAUGAUAUCAAAUCUAGAGUAAAACAGCAUUUCAAAAAGGAAUCAGAUGACUUCCUUGGGCAAACAAUCAUUGAAGUAAGAACACUGAGUGGAGAAAUGGAUGUAUGGUAUAAUUUAGAAAAGCGAACCGAUAAAUCAGCUGUCUCUGGGGCCAUUAGACUGAAAAUCAAUGUUGAAAUUGAAGGAGAGGAGAAAGUUGCUCCUUAUCAUGUGCAGUACACCUGUCUACACGAGAAUCUGUUCCAUUACCUGACGGAAGUGAAGUCAAACGGUGCGGUGAAAAUCCCCGAGGUGAAAGGCGACGAGGCCUGGAAGGUGUACUUUGAUGAUGUUGCGCAGGAAAUUGUGGAUGAAUUUGCAAUGCGCUAUGGGAUUGAAUACAUUUAUCAAGCUAUGACGCACUUUUCCUGUCUCUCUUCUAAAUACAUGUGCCCUGGUGUUCCAGCAGUUAUGAGUACAUUGUUGGCCAAUAUAAAUGCUUUCUAUGCUCACACCACAGCAGCAACUAAUGUAUCUGCCUCAGAUCGCUUUGCUGCUACUAACUUUGGGAGAGAAAAGUUCAUAAAGCUGCUGGAUCAAUUGCACAAUUCUCUGAGGAUUGAUUUAUCUAAAUACAGGGAUAAUUUUCCUGCCAGCAAUUCUGAAAGACUCCAAGAUCUGAAAUCAACUGUGGAUCUGCUUACCAGCAUUACUUUUUUUCGGAUGAAGGUCCUGGAAUUGCAGAGUCCCCCUCGAGCCAGUACUGUGGUAAAAGACUGUGUAAAAGCCUGCCUGGAUUCAACUUAUAAAUACAUUUUUGACAAUUGCUAUGAUCUCUACUCCCAAUUAGUGGAUCAGAGUAAGAAACAAGAAGUUCCUAAAGAAGAGCAGGGACCAACAACAAAGAAUUUGGAUUUCUGGGCACAGCUGAUUACUCUGAUGGUCACCAUUAUAGAUGAAGAUAAAACAGCAUAUACACCAAUCUUGAACCAGUUCCCUCAAGAGCUGAACAUGGGAAAAAUCAGUGCUGAAAUCAUGUGGACUCUGUUUGCCCAGGACAUGAAAUAUGCUCUGGAAGAACACGAAAAGCAGCGAUUAUGCAAAAGCACAGAUUAUAUGAAUUUGCACUUCAAAGUGAAAUGGUUUUAUAAUGAAUAUGUGCGAGAGCUCUCUGCUUUCAAGGAUGCAGUGCCUGAAUACUCUCUGUGGUUUGAACCAUUUGUCAUACAGUGGCUGGAUGAAAAUGAGGAUGUCUCAAUGGAAUUUCUUCAUGGAGCACUAGAAAGAGACAAAAAAGAUGGGUUUCAGCAAACAUCAGAUCAUGCCCUCUUCUCUUGUUCUGUGGUUGAUGUCUUCACACAGCUCAAUCAAAGCUUUGAGAUUAUUAGGAAAUUGGAGUGUCCUAAUCCAGAAGCACUGUCUCAUUUAAUGAGAAGAUUUGCAAAGACUAUCAACAAAGUACUUGUUCAGUAUGCUGCAAUUAUUUCAAGUUACUUCAGCUCUUAUUGUGAUAAAGAAAAUGUGGCCUGUAUCUUGAUGAACAACAUUCAGCAAUUAAGAGUCCAGCUUGAGAAAAUGUUUGAGUCCAUGGGAGGGAAGGAGCUGGAUCCUGAAGCUAGUGUUGUUCUAAAAGAACUUCAGGUGAAACUUAGCAAUGUGUUGGAUGAACUCAGUGUAACGUAUGCUGCAAGUUUCCAAUUUGUUAUUGAAGAUUGUGUAAGACAAAUGAGCAAUGAACUGAAUCAAAUGAGAGGAAAUGGGAAUGCAGCAGCCAAUAAGAACAGUGCAGCCAUUGAUGCUGAGAUUGUGCUUCGGCCUCUCAUGGAUUCCCUGGACACAACCUUGAGUGUCUCUGCAAAAAUCUGUGAGAAGACAGUUCUGAAACGGGUUUUGAAAGAGCUCUGGAAGUUAGUCUUAAACAAAAUAGAAAAACAAAUUGUGCUUCCACCACUGACAGACCAAACCGGGCCCCAGAUGAUAUUCAGUGCAGCCAAAGAUCUUGGACAACUGUCAAAACUCAAGGACCAUGUGAUCCGUGAGGAAGCCAAAAGCCUGACCCUGAGGCAGUGUGCAAUAAUGGACGUGGCACUCGUUACUAUCAAGCAAUACUUCCAUGCUGGAGGAAGUGGGCUGAAAAAGAAUUUCCUGGAGAAGAGCCCAGACCUGCAGUCCCUCAAAUACGCUCUCAGCCUUUACACACAGACUACUGACGCCUUGAUAAAGAAGUUUAUAGCCACGCAAACUUCUCAGAGUCAAACUGCAAAUAAUUCAGUGGGUGAGAUAUCUGUACAAGUGGACAUCUCUACCCAUCCUGGAACUGGUGAGCAUAAAGUCACUGUGAAAGUUGUAGCAAUUAAUAAUCUAAACUGGCAAACAACAGCUAUGUUCCGGCCGUUUGUGGAAGUUUGCAUGCUGGGUCCCAAAUUAAGUGACAAGAAAAGAAAACAUGGAACCAAGACAAAGAGCAACACCUGGUCACCAAAGUACAAUGAAACUUUCCAGUUCCUGCUGAGCAAUGAAGAUAAGCCAGGAGCCUACGAGGUGCACCUGUCGGUGAAGGAUUACUGCUUUGCGCGGGAGGAUCGCGUUAUCGGCAUGACCGUCAUCCAGCUGCAGGCCAUCGCCGACAGGGGCAGCUGUGCCGCCUGGUACCCCCUGCUCAGGAGCAUCUCCGUGGAUGAGACUGGCCUAACCAUCCUUAGAAUACUUUCUCAGAGGAACAAUGAUGAAGUUGCUAAAGAAUUUGUAAGACUUAAAACAGAAACAAGAUCCGCUGAAGAAACGGCCUAAGAUUCUCAAGGAAUGCAAGACUGUCACCGCCGAGAGCAUAAAUCCAACGCUGUUGUCUGACUAGUGCAUGCAUGUGCAAAUCUGUGGAAUGUUUAACUAUGUUUUCAGUGUUUGCCAGUACUUAUGUACUAUAUUUGCAAGGUAUGUCAAGGAGCUGUAUAUCUUUUAUACAUAUUUUGGUCUUUGGUAAAGUAAUUGUUCCAAUGAAGUGCCAAAACUAAGAUUAAGAGUAAAUGUUCCAUCAUCUCUUUUUAAAUGUUCAUUUCACCUCAUCACAAUUUCAUUAUUGCUUAACAUUUAUUAAUAAAGUAAGUAGCUUUUUUAAUUGAUAACAGGUUAUCGCUGUUAAACUGUGUUGCUUAUUCUAAAUUAAGUUACAUCCCUUCCUCUUCUUUUAAAAAUGAGGUGUACCUAGUUUUCUUCAAACUCUCAUGUUAUGCAAGCCUCAUUUUAGGUGUCUUACUGAUGACUUUUUCUAUCAUUACUACAGAUGCAGUUACUUAUAGAAAGUGUUUGUAAUUUUAUAAUUACCAAUAUAAAGUAAUGAUUUUUGCAUAAAAACUGAAAAGGAUGGAAAUAUUUUAUGCUAAUCUCUUUUUCCAACCUUUCAUAAAUAUCACUGUGAAGAAAUGCUGUUAAAGCAGGUUCUCAAGAAGCUGUGCUUAUCAGAGUUUGUUACUGAUGUUUGAUAUCUUGAGAUAACUUUGUUCUUCAAAACUGCCACGGUAAUAUCAUAUUUGUAUUAAAAGAGUAAGUCAGUAUCUGUAGAAACAGGUUGCUGUACAGUACAGUAUAUGUGCUUUUAAAAAGUGAUUUUUUAAAUGAUAUGGCACUGUACAAGGGGUAGUAGUUUGGAAUAUGUAAUGCCGGUUUGUGGUUUGUUUCUAGAAAUUGUUUAAGAGAAGAAAAGAUGCUGUUAGCAUUUUCACUCAGAGUUAUUAACGUUGCUUUACAUACUUAGCUGUAACAUCAGUUAAGUGCUUUAUUUCUUUAAUUUUUUUUAGAAAAGUUCAACAGUUUGUACUUAUGCAACAUUACUAUGUAUUGCACUAAAGCAAACUCUGUGUCCUGUAAAUAUAUUUAGUGAGGAAUUGUAAAAUAAAGUAUGCAGAAACUGC